AGUUAGUGUUUGUCCAUUACCGCCAAAACCCAGCGUUGAGUCGUUACUUUCAGACCGCGGAAAACGCCAUUUUGAGUUCAGUCUUUAACUGCAGCUUAUGUUCUUUCUAUGCUUUCCUUGCAAUACGUUAUAAUUUAUUUCGCUAACCAUUAAAAUUUAUUAAAAAUAUUAAACAUGACAAGCAACUCAGGUGAAUUACUGGCUUUGGUGAAAUGGGUGGGUGGUGUUGAUGAUAAAAAGUAUACCACUGGGAUUAACGUCGCACACAUUAAAAACUUCAAUGAAAAAAAAUUCCUGAAUGACGAAGAAGAUCCAGAAAAGGUUUACAUCGUAGAGUGGCAUGACGGGCCAGAACCUCUUAGAUGUUGGAUCUGUUAUAACGCUAGAGUUAUUGCAAUCUCAAAAAAAAUUACUGUUUUGGAAAAAAAAUUUAAAGCAUUGGAUGGCAUGCGGUCUCCAAGACGAGUAGAUCCAAAGCUUUUUGAUAACGAUGUCGCUCUGAAGGCUAAAAAGCCACAGAAAAUAGAGAAAAAAAGAGAAGCUUAUAGUGAAUCAAGCUCGAGUAUUUUAAAAAAGCUUCAAGAAAGUAAUACAGAAAGCACUGAUGAUGGUAAAAACACAAAACAAAAGACAGAAUUAUAUCAUUCAGAAAGAGCUCUUUUGGAGAUUUCUGAACAGAUAAUUGAAGAUACGACUAGAAAAAUGUCUGUAGAGACUUUAAAAGAAGUUCAGAAAGAAAGUUAUGAAAUUACGGAAGCAACAUCUAAAAAGUCUUCGGAAAAAACCUCAGUAAUUGCUGACACUGAGACGCCUACGGUUGAAGCUGAUCUGAUAGAUAGUCAUGAUACUAAUUCACCUAAUUCUGAUCAUGAUAUUUCAGGCCAAGCCAAGUCAAAUGAAUUGUCGACAGCGGGCACUUCAGCAGCAGACGGUGAAUUUUCUCCUAAGCAUCAUUCUUCUUCUAAAACUAAAUCGAAUCCAGAGAAAGGAAAAAUGAAAGAAUUGGGACUUCCAGGAUCUGGGGUAUUUAUACCUGAAGCACAAUUUAAUGUAGCCGAAAGGGCCCAAUCUGCGACCGCCAUGGCUACUUCUCUUUUGAUGUCGGUUUUCUCUCGAAGUGUCAUUGCUAACAGCAACUUGAGAAGUGGAAAAUCUAAGACAAAAAAUUCUACUGUCCAGCAUAGCACUCUUGAUUCUGACAAACUAACGGCAAUACAUGAUGCUGUGGAAAAACGUUUUAAGCGUAGGUACAAUAACAGUGAAAUAAACCGUGCGAUAAACGUUAAGUGUAGUAGAGUCAGAAGUGAGGAGAAAGAAGCAAAGGCUCACGAAGGAGCUAAAAAACCAAAAUUAGAUGGAGAAUCCGACGUCAAGCCGUAGUGCUAAGUUUUACAUCAUUCACUCGUUAUUUUUCAGUAACUUAUAACUAUUAAAUUUUUAUAUU